AUGCUCAAGGCGGCGAAUGGCGCCAUCACAAAGGAAUUCUAUGCCAAAAUGCAGGCAAAGCCAGACAUACUUCGAGUAUUCCUUGCUCAGCGACGCGCUGCCCAGAAACAGAAAUACCAAACUGUUACCAAGUUUCGAACCGCGAGGAUCAGAAUAGCCAAGGAUUGGUAUCAAGCUCACAAACAAGACGACAGUUACAGAAGAAGGUGUAACAUGUAUCUGUGGUGUUUUCAUCCCACGUUCAGACGUCCGUGGAUAGAUCAUCUACCCUGGCCGACCCAUCGACCCCUGGCAUACAGGCAAAAGGUAGCUCAUUGUUGUGCAGAAUGUGGAACACGCCAUUCGGGGCUCAAGUCCUGGUGGCAAUCCGUCAAAGACCCAGAUAGUUUCCUGUGCCACAAGCAUUACACUGAUCGUGGCUGGUCUGAAUGCAUGCCCAAAGGCUACGAACAUGUCAGAACAUUCAAAGGACUGAACGCGCGAUACAAAGAACUGAAUCAGGAAUGA